AACAGCUCAAGUGCACUGAGGUGGCAGGAGCCGUCCUGAGCUAAGAACCCAUAUUAAUUUAAGUCCUCUGACUGGUAAGUGUUCCCAACUUCUGUUAUUUUCCCACUGAACGUCAUGAAGGCCAAGAGCUUACUCUGGAUAGCAGGACUGUGUUCAUUUACAUUUUUCCAUAUACCGUACUUUGGUAAACUAAAUCAUCUUAUGGGGCAUGAAUGUUUCCUAUUCUUCUCAUAAUAUCUUCCUCCGGAUAUCUUCGGAUUUCCUCAGAGUUGUCCUUCCACCAUCUGCAGUUCUGCAAAGUCUUCACAAGAUACUUGCAAGUUUGUGGACUCUCCAGCUGCAGGUAUGUGGAUUUGUAGAGAUUAGGAACUGGCAGCCGAAUAAUGAGCUGCUUAAUUCAAAUUAACAUGGGACAUUUAGUACUAUGGCCCUUCUCACCUGCUUAGGGUUGUUUGGUCACAAUGCUGAAGUGACGGUGGAAACCACAACUGGAAGAGUUGCCCUCCAAUGUCAUUCAUAAAUGGUAGCAUAAAUGCUGUCUGGUCUAGACUCCAGUCUACAAACUGUGCUCUUUUGCCAGCUUCCUCCUUGCCCACAGUGUACAUCUUCUCCUAUCUGUAUGUCUUACAUAUAACUUUGCUCAGUCCUACGUGGCUCUUUCUUUCUCCAGCUGCACCCACCCAUUGUUUUCUCAGCUUUCUGCUUUUCAGGUCACUUCCUACUUCAAGAAUGGGGAAAGUGUGGCCCUGCAGAUGCUUUUGGAGCUCCUUUCAGGCCCAGCCAGCGUGGCUAAUGAUUGGGGUGAUGGGAGUUGAAAUCCAAUUAUAGAGCCAUAAAAGAUGGGCAAAAGCAGUGCUUUUUUCUAAAAUAAAAAUGUUUAGGGGUACUCUCAUUUUCCUACUCAUAUUGAAAUACUGCCCCUCAAUGUGGCCAAACUUAGAUGUUUAGGGGGGUGCGUACCUCUGCGCGCCCCCCACCGAAAAAAGCACUGGAUGAAACACAGUACGCUGCGCUGAUGUAGGUCAUGGUUGCUGCUUGCUGCUUUCCCUCCCCUUCGCCGUGACCCUUGUUGCCGACACCAUCUUUCCCCUUCUCCUCUUGCUGCCUUCCACUAAUUUUCUGCUGCUCCUCCUCUUCCCUCUGCCACUGCCUCCAGUGCAAGGACAUCCUUGCAGCAUCUUUGCAGCUCAGUAUCACACUGCAAGGAAGAGGCCUUUCCUCAAAGCAAGGUAUGGCAGUUAUGGUAGUCACAGAGAGGGUGGUCACCACUGCCAUUUUGCUACCACCGUGGCAAACAUUGUUGAAAGUUUGCCUCUGCUAAACUUUAAAGUUCAACAGAGGGCCAAGUGUCAGUGGUGCCUCAGUCACAAUGCCUUGCGCUCUUUCUCUCUGCAGAUCAGCUGUUCCUACCAUCAAAGCAUUAUUUGCAUUCAGCUUGGCCCUUUUGAGCAUUGUAGCUGUUUUUCUACAUUGACCCCUCUCAAGAGAUUUAGUUGUAUCUCAUGGGUGGUAUUCAACUAACUCCUCACCCUAAGCUGUUUUCUCCCAGUGGCUCCACUUUUCCUUAUUGUGAUCCCCUGAAGGUAGCCAUUUCUGGAUUUCUUCUUCUGCUGUUCCUAGAAAGAAUCGUGGCUGCCACUUGCACCGUCUGCUCCCUCUGUUUGCACCCUGUUAUGUACUGAGUUGAAUAGGAUCCAAACUCCAGCAGUCUGAUUGGUCCUAGAACAAUAGGAUUCAGAAUGCAGCAGUCUGAUUGGUCCUAGAACAAUGCAGCAGUAUGAUUGGUUGGCAGGAACCACCCAAUCAUGCUCCAGAUAGAAGUGAAUCCACAACCUGAUUGGCUUACUGUAGAAUUCCGGAAUUAGCCAAUCAUGUGCAGCCCAUUGUAUAAAUAAUGUAUAUAAGGCAGAUACUUUGAGGGGACAUUCAUUCAUUCCUCCUCACCACUAUGAGCUGAAUAAAGAGCAUGAAAUCACUUUGCGACUCUGAGUAUGUUUCACACCCCCUUGGAGGUUUCUAGCUGCAGAUCAGCUAACAGCCCUCCCACUUCUGGCAGGAUGGAUGCAGAGUAAAAAUUGCCAGCCAACUUGAAGAUGAAAUCCCCAACAUUACUGCAAUCCUAGCUUUAUGCAGUUUCUCCAUUAUAGGUUGAAGCUCUGCCACUGUCCCAGGGUUUCAAAAAUAGAUCUUAACACGCUGAACUUUCACUUCCUCAUGUUUCAGCACGUGGAAAUUGUGCAACGUCUUAAGCACAGCUUCUUUAAUUGUAAACCUCUUAAAUCUUAUCACUAGAUCUCUCACUUCACCGCUGUUUGGCUCCCUUGGACUGGGGGCCCCAUAAGCUUGUUCAGUGUCCUGCCAGGUCACUUCUACUGGCAAUUUCAAGUCCUGGAACCAGUGCAAUAUAAACCACGCGGGGCCCUCCCAUUCCUCUCUCCAGAAGGCCCAGAUCUGAACAUAAGAUUUUACCUUGCAUGUUCUCCUGCUUCUCCAGGCAUAAUUGUAAGACUCUAGCUGCCAUUUUCAAUUUCAGCAGCCAGCUCUUUUCAGAGCAUUUUAAGGUAAGCUAGAAUUUCCCCUUUGCUGGACUUGGCCCCAUCAUGCACCAUGUCAGCAUCUUGGUGGCACUGACAGGGCCCAUUUUUCCUGUUGUUUUAGUUGGGAAAACUGAGGAUUUGAAGCUUUCUACUGGAAAUAUAUAAAAAAGAGAAGGGUCAAAGAUGCUGAAGAGUGCUGUUAUUGUUGUUGUUGUUGUUGUUGUUGUUAAAAUGCCCCAUGGGUUCAGCCCCAAAAGGCCUUCUUCAGGGGCUUUCCUGCAAAACAAUAGGUCCACACAUGAAUUAACCAUAGUUACAUUUUGUGUUAUACAUGUUUUAUUAAUUGUGUGGUCCUAUCUUUCUGUAAAAGAAAAAAAGAUGUUAUAGAUAUUGUUUGUAAACUUGCAUCCAUAUCAAUUAGCAUAUGCAAAUAAGUGUCUUUUUAAAAAAAAACCUUUUUGCUGGUGUUGCAUGUCCUCAUUUUAGUGGUGUGCUGAGUGGCCACUCUAACUGAAACUUAUCUCUGCUCUUUCACUGUUUAACCUGGCAGGCAGAAGGAGCAAGGGGUCUACAUUGCAGCUUCCAUUCACCUGUCCACCUCUGUGCAGUCCUAUAGAAGAGUCACAGUCUUCAUAGAAUUGUGGAGUUGGAAGGGACCAUGAGGGUCAUCUAGUCCAACCCCCUGCAGUGCAGGACUCUUUUGCCCGACGUGAGUCUUGAACCCACAACCCUGAGAUUAAAAGACUUCUGCUCUACCAACUGAGCUGCCCAGCAGCUAGGAUUCAGGAAGCGCACACAUCAGCUGUCUAGCUCCCUCCCAUGAAGUCUGUCUUCAUGGUUAGAAUCAGGCAGGUGCACUGGCAGACGGAAAGGCGUAUUGCAAAACAAAAACAAAAAAUCCCAACAACGCACAUGCUGCAGAGGCAACAACCUAUGGCAUUUUGGUGCCUGAGGCAGAAAAUCCAUAGUGUGCACAGCAAUGAUCACAAGCAACCGUGCCAUGUUUGAAAGGGAAGGGGAUGGCAAAGGUUUCCCCCCCAGAGGUGGUGGUAACUGGAAGGGAUAGCCUCUGUAGCAGACAGCAAAUUUAACUGGGCAUCAGAUUCCAAGGAGAACCCCUGCACCCCAUGGUACUCCACAACCAGCCAACUCAUAGCUCCAUAUGCUGCGUCCAAAUGUCUCCUGGUCAUUUUGUCUACUUCUUUUAAUUUUUACAAUUUAUUUUUAAUUUCAAGCAACGAAACAUAUCCAUACAAGGAUUACAGAGCUUAGUAGCUGUACAGAAAAGAAAGCAAAAUAGCGGCUGAUGGUUGUAGUUUUAGACGUUCCAAGAAAGGCAACCAAAUGAAAGUGUCUCUCCAUAAGGUUCAAGGAGUUGAUGGAGGGUGAAAACUAUGUCCGAUUGUCUUAACAAAGUCUCUCUCUGAUCCUUUCCUAAUUGAAAGCUGGUGACAAACUGCUUCUUUGCCCCUCAGCUUAGAUAUGAGGAAUGUUGUGUUCCCAAAUGCUCCUGGGGGUUGCAUUCUAAAGGCUGCCAGGUUCCCAACUAUCAGAAAAACAUAUUAAGUUAUUAAUGGCUACAGCAGUUCUUUUGUUAACGUCCCUGGCAGCUCAUCAGCUGGGCGUUCCCCACUAUCAAGAUGGCCAAAUUCAUGACAUUAUGAAAGAUGAAACUUGAGAACAUGAGUGUUUCUCCCUCCUCCCUCUUUUUUAUUAUUUAAAUCUCAUAAUAAUUAAAGUCAUGUGGGUGGGUGUGCACAUAUUUUUUAAGCAGGAGAUUUGUGGCUUUUUGCAUAUGCAUACCAAUAACAUGCAAACCAUUUAAAUGUUUGAGAUAAUAGUCACUUUAGAUGCAAACUCCCUCUGCUGGUCUCUCCAAAUAGCACCUAUGCUUUCAAGUCAUGCCAGAGUGAAGGGAGGUUGCCAAGGCCUGAUGAGGUGGAGAAAUGGAAGCAGCAGAAAGUUAACUAUUUGAAGACACUGUAGGAUGUGUGAGGCUUUGAAAGUCCUGGACCGGCUUCAGAAAAUGGGAAUUGGGAGCACGGUAUUACAGUGGUCCCAAUCCUGCCUUCAGAACCAAGUCCAGAGAGUAGCAUUGGGAGAGUGCCCCCUGGUGGCUCUUAUGGGGUGCUGCAGGGGACUGUCUUAUCUCCACUGCUGUUUAAUAUCAUUAUGCAUGAAGUCGCUGGGAGUGGUCAUUAGGAGUUUGGGGGCAAGGUGCUAAUGGUUAUUUCUCCUUAAUCGUUGAAUCAAAAGAGGCUGCUGCGCAGUUCCGGGGCCAUUGCCUGGAUGCAGCUGUGAAAUGGAUGAGCUAAAACAAGCUGAGCUUGUAUUCUGGCAAGACAGAGGCACUGGGGAUGAGUAGCUCCCGUGUCUGAGAAAAUGGUCAGUUGCCUACCCUGGAUGGGGCUGCACUCCCUCUGAAGGAGCAGGUUCACAAUUUGGGGGUGCAUCUGGUCAGCUUGGUCACAGGAGGCUCUGUGGCUAGAGGUUCCUUUGACCAGCUGCAACUGAUUCAACAGCAACAGUCAUUCCUGGACUGGGAAAGCCUUGCCACAGUAGUUCGUGAAUUUCCAAUGCUGUGGAUUUACUGCAAUGUACUCUAUGUGGGGUUUCCCUCUUGCUUGAUCCGGAAACUGCAGUUAGUACAAAAUGCUGCCGCAUGAUUGCUGGUAGGAGUGAGGCCUUGUCAGCAUAUAACACCUGUGCUCAGAGAUCUGCACCGGUUGCCGAUUUGCUGCCGAGCCAAGUUUAAGGUUUAUGUCACUGUUAGGAUAUAAAGCCCUUAAGAACUGGGGACCGGUUUAUGUAUGAGAUCACCUUACCCUCCAUGUGCCCCCUCGGUCAUUUCGAUGGGCGAAAUUGGCACUACAUAAUAGGUGCCACAUAAUACCUGUUCUGUCUUUGUAAGAACUCAGUCAUUUAGUGGGGCAGCUCCUACACUUUGGAACUCCCUGCCUCUUGAGAUCAAGAGGUAUCUUCAUUGCCUGCCAGAAACAUUCUUGUUUAGGCAAGCCCACCCUGAUGCUUAGGAAGUAAUCUUAAUCUGUUUUAGUAUUUAAACGUCUGUAUGUUUUAAAAUAGGGUUGAAAUUUUACUGUUUUAUCUUUUGUAAACUGCUUUGAAUGUUUUUUUUACAGUCAAGCAGCAUAUAAAUGUUAUGAAAUAAACAAACAAAGGCUUUGCAGAAGUGGCUAUUAAGGAGGCCUUUGGGGGACAGAAAUGGUUUGGCUAGGUGCAAAUGGGGGGAAUUCUUUUCUCUGGUGUUUCCAAAAGGGCAACAGUCAUUUCUUGGCUUUCUUUCUCCCUACAGGAGCCAAAACUACCGCAGUCAUGGCGGAACUUCAACGUCUUCCCUCCUUGAAACGAGUGGCCGUUUCUGGGGGCACUCAUGGGAAUGAGAUGUCGGGAGUUUACCUGGCCAAGCACUGGCUCAGGGACCCCUCUGAGUUGCAACGCGGCACCUUCCAAGCUACGCCCUUCCUGGGCAACCCACGGGCAGUUGAGCAAUGUGUGCGCUACAUUGGGAGGGAUCUUAAUCGGGCUUUCCUCAAUGAAUUUCUCACGUGAGUCUAUGACCCUGUGUGUUGCUCUGCAGAGCUUCCCUAGGAAAGGCAAGAGUUAUGCCACUCCUGCUACUGGGGAAGGGAAACUGCUUUGGCUUGCAUUCCUCUCAGCUAGAUCUGAGGAUGUGUUGGAGUGCUAAAUCAUCACUCAAGGCUGGAUUUUGCUGCAUAAGGCUGGGGUGGAGAACUUUUGGCUCUCUAGAUGUUUCUGAACUACAACUCCUCUCAUCCCAGACCAUUGGCCAGGCUUGCUAGGGCUGAUGGGAGUUGUAGUUCAAAAACAUCUGGAAGACCUCCAUGGGAAAAUGUCAUCUCACCUUCAGUCCUGGUUGAAAUCCCUCUUUUGGCCCAGGAAUCUGCCCAUUUGCCAUCACCUUUGUUUUGCUCAUCUGUUUCUUAGCUCCAAGGACUCUGACAUAGACCACUAUGAAGUUCAACGUGCUCAGGAGAUCAACCAGAGUUUUGGGCCCAGGGAUUCAUCUCAGGCCUAUGACUUUAUGUUUGACCUACAUAACACCACAGCCAACAUGGGCGCCUGCCUUUUUGUGGCCACUGAGCACUGCCUGUUGCCCAUGCACAUGUGUCACUACAUUCAGGUAAGCCCAUGAUCCUGGGAUCUCCUGAAAAUCUCAUUUCUCCAGCUUUUUCAGGGAAGUAAAGCUUCCCCUUAAAAGCUACUUCUGUUCUUUUCUCCACAGAAGCAUUACUCAAUGGGGCCCUGCACCAUCUUCCUUUAUCAGCAGCCUGGAGAGGAGACUCUUUACCUCACUUCAGUGGCCAAAGCUGGAAUAGGUAGGGAGUGAUAAUCAGCCUGGGCAUUCCUGAUGGCAGAGAACUAUCCGUUCUAGGUUAACUUUGACAGGAGGGGCAGGGCCACUCACCUGUCAGUCAUCACGUCCUGAUGCAGGGAGGGGGUCUGCUUUGCCAGUGCAUUCAGCAACCAGCAGGACUGAACUCUCUGCUCUUCAGCUGUCCAGCAGAGGGUCAUUAGCUGGUGAGCAAGGGUUAAAUCCUGCUGCUUUGGAUGCAUGCGCCCUUUCUCAGCAGGGGACUGAAGUGAGCUGAUUGGCAGAUGGAUGUGGUUUGGGGAAAAUUGCUUCCUUUUUUCCUCUAAAUGCCAGUUUUUCUCACCUAGUUGUCUGGUUGUCAUGGCCUUCAAGGGCCACUAAAUGUUUUUGGUUCUUGGCAUGGCACAGUGGGCCGUAUUGAGAUACCUAUUUACCUAUUCACUCAUGAGGUGGUUUUUUUUUAAAAUGAAUGAAUGAAUGAAUGAAUGAAUGAAUGUGUAUCAUGCUCCCCAGAGGAGCUCAGGGUAGGAGACAUGUUUUCCCUGCCCUUUACACUCACAAUAACCCUGGGAGGAAGAAUAAACUAAGAGGCAGUGAGUGGUCCAAGACCACCCAAUACGUUUUGCGGGUGAGGGGGGGAUUUAAACCCAGGCCCCCAUCCUCCAAAUCCAACACUCUCAACAACGAUGCUAUACCACACUGGUUCUGAUACUGAGCAGGGCUAGGGUGGAAAUGUGUUUCAUAUAGGUGUACUAACAGCAGGUGUUUGACCCAAAGGUAAUGGCAUGCUGUGCUUAAAAAUUACCAAAGCAAGGGAGUGAAAUGCACAGGAUCAGACCACCGCUGUGCCAGUUAUGCAAAAGGCUUUCGGGAAGCUCAUGCUUUACGUAAGAUAGGCAGAGGGACUCUGCUGGGAUAAUUCCAUAAUCACUUCUCUGUUAUUCCCCUGCAGCGUUAGAGCUGGGUCCUCAGCCCCAAGGAGUGGCGCGAGCAGACUGCCUUGCUCAGAUGAGAUCCAUCAUGGCCUGUGCUCUGGACUUCAUUGAGCUUUUUAACAAAGGUGACCUAUCCCAUCAUUCCUCGUUCUGUUCUGAUUCUUGGGAUUUGGAGCUGGGCAAAAUCAGAGGUGGGAACUCUUUUCACCCUCAGGGACUGCAUUCCCUCACGAGGAGCCUCCUCCUGGGAGGCCUUGUGACAGUGGUGCCCAGGCCUAGAGACAAAAGUGGGUGGGGCAGAGCCAGUGGCAAAAUGGGCGGAGCCAUGGGUGAGAGACUUCCCUUUGCACAGUAGGUGCCAUUCCAGCCAUGCAAAGGUCAGAGGUUUUGACAAACACACUCCUCUUCAUCUUCCAUCCGGCUAAGUGAGAGGCAUUGUUGCUGCUGAAGGGCAAAUUCCAGCCAGGCAAAAGCACCUGAUGAAAUCUCAGAGCAGGGCCUGUGUGGUCUAGGGAAGGGGUGUGGUCUGGGGAGAGGCAUGAGGGCCUGAUAAAGAGCCCCUAGGAAGCCACAUUUGGCCUCCACCCUUGAGCUAAAUGGAUGUGACUGGCAUGGGUCCAAGAGCUUUUCUUUUGCCUUGCUGUUUUCCCUGGGAAACCUUCUGUUUAUUGCUGAAUCAGAACAAAUGUCAAUAGGGUUUUCUGCAAAUUGACGCUUGUUCUGAUUCAGCAGUAAACAGCGAGUUUUCCCAGAGAAAGUGACAGGACCAAAAAACCCACAAAACCCUCUCAGAGAAAUCACAGGAAAAACAGAAGAAAUUGAAGGACAAAGGAAAGUGUGAGUGAGCCAUUAGAUAGUUGGCGUUGCCUUUUUAGUUUUAGUGGUGAAUGUUGACAGUUUUUCCCCUCCUACGCACACAUUUUUCUCUUGUGAGUAUAUAGACAGAAGUAGAUAGUGUGUGUCUGGCCUACCAAACAGCCAUCAUACAUUACUCAGAAAUCAUUCUGAUGAUAUAAUUCAUGUUUUAUGAUAUAUACUUCCACUGUGUGAUUUAUGAUAUUCCAUCUAUUAAAAAGCUCUGUUGUUGUUUUUAAAUGACUUUUGGCAUGAAGCCUUGACCAACACUCAGGUGCCACUUGCUGAUGUACAGCCCCAUAGUGAUUGUGGAUCAGGAGUGGGGUGGGGACCCCACAUUUUCUUCUGCUCUAAUGGACCAUUAGGGAUGCGGGUGGUGGCGCUGUGGGUUAAACCACAGAGCCUAGGACUUGCUGAUCAGAAGGUCGGCAGUUCGAAUCCCCGUGACGGGGUGAGCACCCGUUGCUCGGUCCCUGCUCCUGCCAACCUAGCAGUUCGAAAGUACCUCAAAGUGCAAGUAGAUAAAUAGGCACCACUCUGGCGGGAAGGUAAACGGCAUUUUUGUUUGCUGCUCUGGUUCGCCAGAAGCAGCUUAGUUAUGCUGGCCACAUGACCCGGAAGCUGUACGCCGCCUCCCUCGGCCAAUAAAGCGAGAUGAGCGCCGCAACCCCACAGUCGGUCACGACUAGACCUAAUGGUCAGGGGUCCCUCUACCUUUACUUUAAUGGACCAUUGGCCAUUAAGUGAGGCACUCUCCCUUUCUAUGGUCUGGUUGUCUUUCCAUCUCCUCUUGUCAGGCACAUUGUUCCCAGCCUUUGAGACUGAAGCAUACAAGGUGGUUGAACGUGUGGAUUUCCCCCGCUAUCCUGAUGGUGAGAUCUCUGCUGUGAUACAUCCCAAUCUGCAGGUGAGUAUGGAGGGAAAAGGAAAGAAGGAGGAGCAGACUCCUCUCCCCCCCCUUUCUGUGUGUGUAAAAAAUGUAAUCUGUAUGCAUCUUUGUAGCAGCUGCUGCUUCUCUUACACCAAACUUGGCACUCCAGAUCUUGUUGGCCUACAACUCCCAUCAUCCCUAGCUAACAGGACCAGUGGUCAGGGAUGAUGGGAAUUGUAGUCCCAAAACAUCUGGAGGGCUGAGUUUGGCCAUGCCUGUCCUACACAAUGUGUUAAAGGACUAGGCUCCUACACCUUUAAAAAGUGUGUAGAAAUGAGAAUGUUGGUAGGUGUUACAAAAGAGAGGAACCUGCCAAACUUGCAACUGCCAAAAUUCUUUCCCAUGCACAAUUGUUGUAAGUGUCUUAGCUGUCACUUUCUACUACAUCUUAUCACCCAUCAUCCUGCAGGCAGCAGUGUGGAAAAAUCCUUGCUGCAUCUGUUCCAGCUUCUGUGAGAGUUGCUCUUGCCACUCCCGUGCAGAGAAGAUGUAGGAAUGCUUGCUCCAGGUGAUUCUUCUGACUGUUCUGCCUUUAGCUUAUAAUCAAAUCCUCUCUCUUUAGGAUAAAGAUUUCCAGCCCCUGAAGCCCGGGGACCCCAUUUUCCAGACGCUCAGUGGAGAUGUGAUUCUGUAUGAGGGUGACAACAUCACCUACCCAGCCUUCAUCAAUGAGGCAGCCUACUAUGAGAAGAAAGUGGCCUUCGUCAAGAUGGAGAAACGCACAUUCGCCCAACCUGCACUGCAGAAGGAGCUUUAAAUAAGUUAUGUUUAAUCCCGGGAACAAACCAGACAUCACCAGAAGCCAGUUCAAAUGAAUACAUUUUAUAUCGUCUAAGAAGCCUCUGUAGUAUCCCUCCCCUAGGCACCGUAUAUUUCCACAAAAAAUAAAGAGUCCUUGUAUAAUUUCAUAGUUUAUUACUGGAGACAGCUCUAUCUCGUGCUUAUAGGAUACGAUAACAUCAUUCUCUAAAACAGUAGUUCAUUGCCUUUUCAUCCAAAGAAUUUGCACUGGGCUGGUCCCCCUGCAAGUUUUCUAGAUUGCCUUUUAUUAUCUGUGGGAUGGAACUGUUCUGGUGGAGUGGAUCACGGUGUUCUAAUACGGUUAGAGUUAGCAUGAAUACGAGGUGUAAGUCUAGAUUCAAAUCCUGUGAUCUAGUCAGAACUGCCUGAGCAUUUUAGCUCAGGCUCAGCUGCCCUACCCCCCAAAUGUUCUUCUUCAUGAGGGUGGCGACAAAAAUAAAAGGAUG